AUGCUAGCCGGCGCGGAUGACGGUCUCUCCCUGACCAUCGCCCAGAUCGUGGAGAGGCUGAAGGGCUCCGGACUUCACGCCCAGUUGGAGCGGCAGGCUCGGCUCAGUUUACACAAUCCAGAGAUUAAGCUACAAUCCCUGAAGGAAGAUAUUAAGGAAUUUCUGAAGACAUCAGGUUGGGAAAAGAAGCUGCACAAUGCUGUUUAUAGAGAAAUCAGUAUGUUUCCUUUGCCUUGUUCUCCAUCAGUGCCUCCUGAACACAUCAAGGAACCUUUGGUUUACAUGAGAAAAGCUCAGGCAAACUGGGAAAAACGUAUUUUGAAGAGCCUAAACAGCAUGUGUAUAGAACUUGGCAUUCCGUUAUCACAGAAGAGGCCGCUGGGUGAGCAAAAAGAACUUUUGAAUAAAUGGAAUGAAAUGGGGACGGAGGAGCCAGAUCUAAGUCUCUUCAGGCCAGUUUACGCACCUAAAGAUUUUCUUGAGGUGCUGAUGAACCUGCGCAAUCCAAAUUAUGACACCAGCGAGAUGCCUAAUAUUAGAAAUCACUUGGGACUAAUUCAGGUCCCACUGAACGUGAAAGAUAUACCUGACCUGAAGGAGUACUUUAGCGAAUUAGACCUGAACACUGGCCAGAUGGAUAUUGAUGAUUCUACACAUGUGCCUUCAGAGCUUUUUGAAAAUGAGCACAUACGGCUCGGUCAAAAAGUCCUUGCGGAGCAGGAUAGCGCAGCCGCUCAACAGUACGUGCGCCAAGGGUCCCCAAAUUCAUUGAGAGCAGAGCUGUGGGCGCUAAUUCUGAACAUUUCAACCCAGCCAGAGGAUAUCUUGUACUAUGAGCAGCUGAAGUCUAACGUGAUCCAGUACAAUCUUUUGGUGGACAGUCUGAUUUAUAAAGAUGUGAAAUUGACAGCCAGCAAUGAUGACUAUUAUUUUGUGUUUGAGGAUUAUUUAUAUCAGGUGUUGCUUUGUUUUUCCCGAGACACUUCCGUGUUGGAACACUUUGCAUACAAUAGUGCUAGCCCACCCAGAUCAUUCAUUCGAGGGAAGCUUGGAAUGGAACAAUACGCUGUGUUUUAUCCGCCAAAUGGUGUCAUUCCUUUCCAUGGCUUUUCAAUGUAUGUUGCUCCUCUUUGUUUUCUCUACAAUGAGCCCUCCAAGCUAUAUCAGAUAUUCCGUGAAAUAUAUGUGCGGUACUUCUUCAGACUUCACUCUAUUUCUUCUCACUCUUCUGGGAUUGUAUCGCUAUGUCUUCUGUUUGAGAAUCUCCUUCAGAGCCAUCUCCCACAGCUGUUCUAUCAUCUUCGAGAAAUUGGAGCACAGCCGCUAAGAAUAUCAUUUAAAUGGAUGGUCCGAGCGUUCUCUGGAUACUUGGCUACUGAUCAGCUGCUGUUCUUGUGGGACAGAAUUUUGGGAUACAACACUCUGGAAAUUUUGGCUGUGCUGGCAGCUGCUGUGUUUGCUUUCCGAGCAGGGAAUCUAAUGGAGGUGACAUCACUAGCCGCAGCUGAAGCUGUCCUUGCUGAUUUGUCGACUCUGAAAGUUAUGCCUCUUCUUCAGAUUUUCCUCUUCGCCACUGGCUCUUCGUAAGCCUCCAAAGUCACCGGACUUUUCAAUGGAUGCUGAUAAUAAUAAGGCCACGCAAUUCCUUUCACCCAAUUAACAGUUUAACAAUGAUGGUUUUGCAAAGCAUUGAAUAUGCAGCUCUUCCCUAGUAACCUCGCCAAAGGCUGUUGUGCACCACCUUUUCACAGCUGGUUGCUGUUGUAUUUUAAGCCGAGAUAGCUGGAUGUAGUGCAAAUCAAAAAUCAAAAUCUUUUUUUCUUUAAUGCAUGCUGUAUUAAGUGCAGGACGAAAGGAGGAAACGGAUUAACUUUAGACCUCUGGUACCUUUGUGCCAUAAAAAGGUGGAAAGGAAUUUUUUUUCCCCCAGUAAAUUAUAAUCUGUCAUUCAGUCAACGAAUCUUUCACCGUAUAAUUUUGUCUGCAAUACUUGAAGAAAAGCAUUGAACAAUAUUUAAUUUUUCCAAAUUGAACGAUCGUGAAAAAUGGUAGCAAAGCUUCCCUCUAAUGCCUUCUGGAUUAUGUCUGGUGAACUGAGCUGUUCAUUUUAGGGUAUAGAGGUAUAGAAAACCGUAAAUGAUGUGAUAAAGGCGCAUGUGCCCGCACACACAAAAACACGAGACACACAGAUAAGAUCAAGUAUCGAGGUUUAGAGGGGGGUGGUUGUUUUUUGCAAGCUUAAAAGUCAGCAAAACCUGUUUUAUUUUUGGGAAAUGAAAUUAGCACCAAAAAGACGGGGAGGGGAGGGGAGAGAGGGAAAUACCUCAUGACCUAUUCUUCAUUUUCUAAAUGCAAUUGACUAAAAUGCAAUUUACCGUAUCUUUCGGUCUAUAAGAUGUACUUUUUUGCCCCCGAAAAGUGGGUGGAAAU